AUGUCAGCUUCCUCCUUAAAUGACAUUCUCAAAGUCUUAAGGGCCAUAUUUGGUAUCUGCGGCUACCUUAUUGAUCAUUUAGAAUACAGAAUACUACUGACAUUUAUCUUUGCUAUUAAUGAGAUAAAUGGAGAUCCGGGCAUUUUACCCAAUGUCACUCUGGGUUACCAUGUGUACGAUUCUUGUGGAGAUAUAAUGAAAGCCAUAGAUGAUAUUCUUAAAAUUCUAUCUGGAAACAAGAGGGAUGUUCCGAAUUAUUCCUGCUGGGAACAAGGUAAAGUGGCUGGAUUUAUAGGUGAUCGUCAGUCCAUCACAACCCUUCCAGUGGCACAAAUUCUUGGACUAUAUGGAUAUACACAAAUCAGUUAUGGAGCAACUGACCCACUACUCAGUGACAGAGUACUUUAUCCAUACUUCUUUCGGACAGUUCAGGAUGAUCAUAUCCGAUAUACAGCUAUUUUAAAGUUGCUGCAAUAUUUUGGUUGGAACUGGGUCGGAAUAAUAACAUCAGAUGAUGAAAGUGGAGAGAAAGAGCUUCGAGAGCUGAGCCAGAAGAUCACCAGACAUGGCAUCUGUAUUGAGUUUGUCAUUAAGAUAUCUUCCAGACAAAAACAUAGUGAACAUUAUUUGGCUUCUAUUGAGAAAUCAACCUCUCAAGUUCUAAUAACCUGUGGAACAUGCUCUGCACAUUGUGUUCGUUUUGUUUUAACUUCUGAAUCAAUAUUCCAAAAUAUAACAAUUAUCCUUAAAACUUCAUGGACGUAUGUUUUAUAUUUAGAUCUGAAAACAGUGAAACCGUUCAAUAACAGUUUGAGUUUUGUAUCUCCUACAAAUCAAGUCCCUGGUGUGAACAAUUUAAUGCAUAGUUUCCAUCCUUCUAAUCGCCCAAAUGAUUCAUUACUUGAAGAUAUUUGGCUAAUUAGAUUACGCUGUUUAUCACCAAACCUAUAUAAAAAUAAAGUAUUUCAAUAUCUGUUUAAUUUUACUGCCAUGAAUUGCACUGGGAAAGAACGCAGUUUAGAUUACAUUGACAAUUCUCAAAGUCUUGUGUACAAUGCGGUCUAUAUCUUGGCCCAUGCUUUACACAAUAUGCAUGCAUUUUUGGAAAACAAGUAUCCUGAAAUUGACCCAUUAAGAUAUGAUUACAAAAAUAAGAUUCCCAGAGCAAGAUGUAAUGACUAUUGCCUUCCUGGAUUCAGAAAAGCCUGGAUUGGAGCACAUCACACCUGCUGCUAUGACUGCCUCCCAUGUUCACAGGGAGAAAUUUCCAGUAUAACAGACAGCAAUAACUGCCAAACAUGUCCUGAUAAUGAAUGGCCGGAUAAGAGAAAAGUAAAGUGCGUCCCCAAAACAUAUGAAUUCUUAUCGUAUGGAAAUGAAAUUAUGAGUCCAAUCUUUUGUUCCAUCUCUCUGUUUUUCUCAGCUAUAUCGUUCCUUAUAUUGAGAGCAUUUAUUCUAUUUCAUGACACCCCAAUUGUGAGAGCUAAUAACUGUAACCUCAGCUUUUUACUCCUUGUUUCCAUCAUGCUGAGCUUCCUCUGUGUGUUUUUGUUCCUUGGUCGUCCUGUGGAUAUAACCUGCAUGCUGCGUCAAACCUCUUUUGGAAUCAUCUUCUCAGUAGCUUUGUCUUCUAUACUGGCCAAGACGAUCAUGGUUUAUAUUGCAUUCAAAGCUGCAAAACCGGGCAGCUCCUGGAGAAAGUGGGUUGGAGUCAAAGUUUCACAUUCUGUAGUCCUAAAAUGCACCACUAUCCAGAUCAUGAUUAAUGUUAUUUGGUUGUCUAUUUCUCCUCCUUUCCAGGAGUUUGACAUGCACUCUUACCCUGGGAUUAUCAUCAUCCAGUGUAAUGAAGGAUCAGUUAUUGCAUUCUAUUGUGUGUUGGGUUACAUGGGAAUUCUGGCUGCUUUGAGUUUAGUUCUGGCUUUCAUGGUGAGGACAUUACCGGACAGUUUUAAUGAAGCUAAGUACAUAACCUUCAGCAUGCUGGUGUUCUGCAGUGUUUGGAUUGCAAUGAUCCCAGCCUAUCUGAGCACCAAGGGGAAAUACAUGGUGGCUGUAGAGAUAUUUGCAAUACUGGCUUCCAGUACUGGGAUACUGGGCUGUAUAUUUUUUCCAAAAUGCUACAUUUUGCUAAUAAAACCGGAGAUGAAUACUAAAAAGCACAUAUUAGACAGACACAAAUUCUAA